AUGCCGCCGUCUCUCCUAUGUGCGAGGAAACUUGAUGCAAGCCUGGUGAGGCACGCUGGGCUUGCUCCGCUUUUUAAGGCGCAGGCCCGGCUUCUUGGCACAGUGACAGCCAUAGAAUCCGGCGAGCAUGCUGUCUCCUAUAAGGAAUUACACUUCAAAGCCCUCCAGCUCGCGCAAAUGAUCCGACUGGAAGCCCCAGAACCAGGAACUCCAAUUGCUAUCGCUAUCCCUCGGGGAGUUAACCAUAUUUUGGCGCAAAUUGCCAUUAUUUAUGCCGGCGGGGCGUGUGUCCCCUUGGACAUAAAGCAACCGGAUGUAUCUCUCUGCAAGCUUCUCAAAAACCUGGAUGUGAAGCUGGUUCUGGUGGACAUCGAAAAUUGGAGUCGAUCUCCAGAGGUCGACAACAUCCUUGUAGAUCAUACGCUGAAUCCUGUACUCUCUGGUGAGGAAUUUGAGGUUUCCUCCAAUGGACCAUCGAGCUGUUCCCAUAUCUUCCACACCUCGGGUACAACAGGGGAUCCCAAAGCUGUCCAGAUUCUGGCCGGCGGAAUGAUCAACUUGGCAUUCAAUUCCUCGACGCCAUUCCAAGAUGGCCAACGCCUUGCGCAUAUCGGUAAUACCGUCUUCGAUAUCACCCUGUUCGAAAUAUGGGUGUGCUUGUUGAGAGGCGGGACGAUCGUGGUCUAUCCACAUGAGAUAGUCAUAGACCCUGUUCUCUUCUCACAGAGUCUCCGGGACGACCGAGUCGACGUUGUGUUCAUUACUACCGCAUUGCUAAAUACAAUUGCCAACACCUGCCCGGGAGCAUUUUCCAACGUCCACACUCUGGCGACCGAUGGCGAAAUUAUCAAUGUUCCAGUGAUCCGGAAGAUAUUCGACCAUGAGCCCCCGAACCGAGUAGUCCACAUCUACGGGCCGACAGAAUGCACCGUGUUUGUCAUCUCGCACGAGGUGACUGCAGCCGAUAUUCGCAAUGGUCACAUUCCGCUCGGGAGGCCUUUUGACAAUUGUCAGCUUUUCGUUGUCGACGAAAAUCUCCGUCCUGUUCCGACGGGCAGCGAAGGGGAACUGGUGAUAGCCGGUGCAGCAGUUGGCGGAGGAUAUUGUAGGAAUCCUCUAGCCAACACCAAGUCGUUUAUAAGCCCCCCACAUCUUCUAUUGAAAGGCAUCGCAAUGGGAUUCUCGCGACAUGCCUAUAGGACAGGCGAUAUAGUGCGCAUGGACGAGUCUGGGCUGUACAACUUUGUUGGCCGCCACGACAGACAAGUCAAGAUCCGGGGCCACCGCAUCGAGCUAGAAGGUCUCGAGAACAUUUUCUUGAGCACCAACCUUGUCUCCACAGCAGCGGUUGUCAAGGUUGAGUCCAGGGAUGCCGACACUGAGCCAAUACUAGUUGCCUAUAUUGUACCGGAGUGUAUUCAUAUCGACCGGGAUACCAUAGCACGAGCAUUCGUCAACCACGCUCCUCAUAUUCUGGUACCUCGCGUUGAGCUCCUUGCGGAGCUUCCAUUGGGAAGGACAGGGAAGUAUGAUCGAAGGAAGCUUGAGCGGCUGUAUAUGGAGAAGAUGAGGGUCGUGCGCGAGAGUCAAUUGCACUCGAGCAAAAACGUCGACUCCGUGGAAACAUAUUUGGAGCAACUCUGGCUCGAGAUACUAGGGUAUCCAUUAGACAGCCUGAAUUAUUCCGAUGACUUCUUCCAUCUGGGCGGAUCCUCACUGCAAGUCGCAUAUAUGAUCGGCCGAAUUCGAUUUUUGUUAGGAAUUGAGCUGCGGUCCGCAGCCCUGUACGAGAAUUCCACACUAGGUCAGCUCGUACAACUGGUGCAAACACUCAAGAAUGGAGCGGCUUUGCCAGAUGCAGUGGAAGAGCAAAGCGUCCUGGCUCGGGAUUCGUUACUGGGUCAAGACCUACAGUUCAAUCUCGACCCGGCCGUCGACUGGCUCGACGCUUCGGAAGGCCGAAUAUUCCUCACCGGAGCCACUGGAUUUGUCGGCGCCUUUCUUCUCGCUACACUGCUGUCUAUGCCGCAGGUCACCCAAGUCGCAUGUCUUAUUCGCGCCCAGGACGCAUCCGCAGCCGACCUGCGCAUCAAGAAAACAUUGGAGAAGUACAAACUGUGUGGUUCCCAGGAAAGCAAAAUCAUUUCUAUCACUGGCGACCUGUCACUCCCGCACCUCGGUCUUCCGCAAGAACAGUACGAUCACUAUACAAGCUGGGCCAGUGUAGUCUUCCAUUUGGGGGCACUGGUCAGUUACGUCCAGCCCUACUCCCGUCAUCGAGCAGCUAAUGUUCUGGGAACAUUAGAGCUGCUAAGAUUUGCCAAUCACUCCCGACCAAAACGGAUGAUCUACUCCUCAAGCAUCGCCGCGUAUGGACCGACUGGAUUUGUCCAAGGAACCAAGACCGUCCCAGAGGAAGAGGGGCCACUUAGCCACAUCGCGGCUCUACAGUAUGACACGGGAUAUUCCCAGAGCCAAUUCGUGGCGGAGAAUGUGGUCUGGAAUGCCAUCCGCAACGGUGCGCCAGCGACCAUCGUCCGUCUCGGGUAUGUCCUGGGCCACAGUCAGACGGGCAGAGGGAACCCGAGUGAUUUCGUCGGUUGUCUCAUGUCAUCCUGUCUUCGGCUAGGCCAUUACCCCAUCGUACCGGGGCAACGCAAAGCGUUCGCCUCGGUGGAUUUCGUGGUGGAUGCGACGCUGCGAAUCGCCGCCUCGGACGAGAACGUGGGCCAUGCUUAUAAUUUGAUCCAGCCGGUACCCAUAGAUCUUCAGGAAGCCUUUGAUCUGAUCAGUGGACAGUGCUCUCGCCCGCUGGAAGGCAUCUCCUUUUCCCACUGGCUGAAAAUGUUUGUCGACGAUGCGACGAACCCGCUACAUCCCUUCCUUCCGCUACUCCAGGAGAAGAUAUGGGGUAUGCACACCCGUUGGGAUGUUCAAGAAAAUGCGCCUCGGUUUGAGAUUAGCAACACUCUCCGGGCUCUUCGCAAUAGCCCGGAGCUGCUAUCGUGGAUGCCGGCACUGGAUCUGCUUCGAAAGUACAUUCCCGAGUGGGCUGCGGCGUCAAGCAAUUGUUGA